AUGUCUAGUGAGAUGUACGAAGGGAUUGACAGCUUGAAAUCCCUUUACGACCGAUACGGAAAGACUUUCUCUGGCGGUCCUUCUGCGGCACAUGAAGUGCCGCGUCGUACUGCUCAACAAAACCCAGUACGUCAAUCAUCAGUUGGGAGCGGAGCUCCCAAGUAUCCCAGGACGGGGGAUAGCCGCGCCGCCGGACGAGAUAACUCGUCCGACGUCCGUUCACGUCGCGGUGGUUCAACAGCUGCUCAACCAGAUAGCGCUGGCCACCGCGAGAGUCCUCUAAUGGAGGUGGAGGAGGAGGGAAGAAGCUCUCCACACAAUCGUGGGGAAGCGUGUGUCCCCGAGAGCUUCUUUGAUUGCGUAACGCAAGGGUUACGCGGCGAUCUCAAACAUGAGCGAGACAGGCGUCUCCAACUGGCGGACACUGUCUUGAGGCAUCGAGCUGAGUUUGCCUUUGCUCAGCUUGAGAACGAGAGAGCGUUGACAUCUCUGCGUGACGAGCUAAGAGUACCUCGUGGGGAUGUUGACCGGUCUCUGGAUGAGAUAGCUGCUCUUCAGACCCUUGUCGAUGCCCACCAUCGGGAGCACAAGGCUCUCUGCGAGAUGCUUGAGCGCAAGGGCGUACUUCAUCGGAAGAAGCAGCGUACUGAUGGUACGGCUUAA